ACGAGCUCUGGGUCGAAAUCUAGGAGCAUGUCUGAUCAUUCCCGGCCUGGGUACGACCCUUCGUUAAGCAGCGAACCUCGAUCAGACUAUACUGUAUCCACCAGAGAGGACAAGAAGCGCCCCCGGUGGAUGUCGCAAGUCAAAAACUGGCUGACCACAAGUGAGCCUUCAGCUCAAGCCAUGAGAGACCAGAAAAAGGAUACCUUUAAGAAACACGGCAUUGACCUCAAAGAUCCAAAAGCUGCUGCGAAACUGCACUCUCCCAUGGGAAAAGUACCAAUCGAUGCUGUUACCUCCACGUCAGGCCCUACACCCGAGAAAGCCCUCAAAGAAAAAACCCGAGCGAGAGACAUGCUGCCUUCGUAUCCUAGACAUAGUCGUGGAUCUCAGUCUGUAUCGAGUGGCUUUUCUUCUGUCCCAAGCAUGAAGAGUGCAAAAGUCUGCAAUGCAGUUGCACCCUGGGAA